UGCAACCAAGGAAUUAACCGCGGGCCAAGUUGUUCUCAUGUUCUUUUCCCACCCUGCUCCCUUCCGUGAACUUCACCUCAAAUGUCUCCUGUCUCAUAUCUCGUUAAUUAGGUGGUGAGUCUAUUUCUCCUGCAGAUUUUCCAUGAAAGAAUAAGAGAGGCCUCAAAUUACUCCUCCAUGAUUGCUUCUAAAUGAGAUGAGUUCAUAAGGGUGGGUGGGUUGCAGCAUUGGAUAUCAGAAAAUUUGCUCUUAUUGGUACUUUUAUGGGCUCCAUGGAUAAAGAGACGCUGAAUGAUAUCAUAUUCAGAAGAAUGGCUCUUCUCAUCAGUUCCUGUUGGUUUUUCAUCACCAAUUCUCUGAUCCUUCUGAUUAGCUCUAUAGCCAGACAAGUUUUCAGAAUAUUUAAGAUAGAGGAUAGUUCUCAGGACGAUGAUUCCAACGUUUCGGCAAUCGAGUCAAGGCUGAUGCGAAUUUUUGCCGAGUUAGAAGAGAAGGAUUCUGAUUUCUUACAGGAGAAAGAGACAUCAAGUUUCAGUUUCAAGUUCCAGUACCAGAUUUCUGAAGACCAGAGAGGAAGCAAUGAAGAAUCUCCUUCUCCUAUUGCUCAAAAUGAAGAAUUCAUGGCGCCUGUUGCCGAGGGAAAAGAACCAUCCACUGCCACAAGCAUUAGUAAGUACCGCUUCUUAUCUGGGAAAGAUUUCAGUGGCUUUGUACAAGAGCCAGAGGUCAAGACUUUUCGUGUUGAGGAGUCGUAUAUUGGCUCUGAAACAGAUUAUUUAUGUCAUAAAGAUACAAUAAACAGCAGGUUAGAUGCCAGUUUAGUGCCUGCAAAAGAUUUCCAACAGCCUAAUGUGGAAGUUGUUGAUGUUGCUAAUUUAAAUAAUCAAGGCGAGUUUGAAGAUGCGCUAUCGAUCAAAAACAAGAAUAUGGAGAAGGAAAAGGCUGUUAAUUAUGAGACUAGUUCACCGGGUGAGAAAGAAGUGGGUUCUCCAUCAGCAAAAGAAUUCGACAAACCCGGUGCGGAAGAUGUUAGUACUGAUAGCCUAAAUGCAAGAAGGAAGCUAGGUAGUAGGUCAGAAAAUGUGAUAUUGAUCAAAAACAAGCAUUUGGAGAAGGAAAAGGCCAUUAAUUAUGAGACCGGUUCAUUGGGUGAGAAAGAAGUAGGCGUUCUGUCAGCAAAGAAUUUCCAAUUACCCAGUGUGGAAGAUGUUUGUACGGAUAGUCUAAAUGCAAUAAGGAAGCUAGGGAAGUCGGAAGGAGGGAUAUUGAUCAAAAACAAGAUGCUGAAGAAGGAAAAAGCCAUUAAGUCUGAGACUAGUUCAUUGGGUGAGAAAGAGGUAGCCUUUCUGUCAGGAAAAAUUUCCCAAGAGCCUAGCACCAAAGAUGUUUGUACUGAUAGUCUGAAUGCAAUAAGGAAACCAGGGAAGUCAGAAGAUCGGAUUUUGAUCGAAAACAAGAUGCUGAAGAAGGGAAAAGCCAUUAAUUCUGAGACUAGUUCAUUGGGUGAGAAAGAGGUAGCCUUUCUGUCAGGAAAAAAUUCCCAAGAGCCUAGCACCAAAGAUGUUUGUACUGAUAGUCUGAAUGCAAUAAGGAAACCAGGGAAGUCAGAAGAUCGGAUUUUGAUCGAAAACAAGAUGCUGAAGAAGGGAAAAGCCAUUAAUUCUGAGACUAGUUCAUUGGGUGAGAAAGAGGUAGCCUUUCUGUCAGGAAAAAAUUCCCAAGAGCCUAGCGCCGAAGAUGUUUGUACUGAUAGUCCGAAUGCAAUAAGGAAGCUAGGGAAGUCAGAAGAUCGGAUUUUGAUCGAAAACAAGAUGCUGAAGAAGGGAAAAGCCAUUAAUUCUGAGACUAGUUCAUUGGGUGAGAAAGAGGUAGCCUUUCUGUCAGGAAAAAAUUCCCAAGAGCCUAGCGCCGAAGAUGUUUGUACUGAUAGUCCGAAUGCAAUAAGGAAGCUAGGGAAGUCAGAAGAUCGGAUUUUGAUUGAAAACAAGAUGCUGAAGAAGGAAAAAACCAUUAAUUCUGAGACUAGCUCAUUGGGUGAGAAAGAAGUAGCCUUUCUGUCAGGAAAAAAAUUCAAGUGCCAGUGCCAAAGAUGUUUGUCCUGAUAAUCUGAAUGCAAUAAGGAAGCGAGGGAAGUCAGAAGAUGGGAAAUUGAUCAAAAAUAAGAUGCUGAAGAAGGGAAAGGCCAUCAAUUACAACAAAGAAGUAGG